AGGGCGAGCGGGCACCGGGGCCACCGUCACACUGCUGCCCUGCUGCCCGGGAGUCGGGAGCUCAGCCAGAGCUGGGCCCGGGCCGGACCCCGUCCCACACGCACACCCUGCCAGGCACCUGCACCCUGGAGCCUCUCUAAGGGCCCCUGUGCUGUGCCAAGACCCCGGGCCAUCAGGCCGGCCCCUUGAGGAAGGCUACGCUCUGGCAGCAGGUGCUGAGGACACCUGUGGCAGCCUUGCCAUGCUAUUGGUGACCACCACCUCGGUGGUGCCUGGGCCUCUCUCUCUGCCCAGCAACAGCAGCCAAGAGCAGCCCUCAGACGCACGGGACCCACUGCUAGCCCAGGCUGAGCUGGCCCUGCUGUCUACCGUCUUUGUGGCCGUGGCCGUGGGCAAUGGCCUGGUGCUGGGGGCCCUGGGCCGGCGGGGCCGGCACGGACGCUGGGCGCCCAUGCACGUCUUCAUCGGCCACUUGUGCUUGGCUGACCUGGCGGUAGCUCUGUUUCAAGUGCUGCCCCAGCUGGCCUGGGACGCCACUGACCGCUUCCGAGGGCCUGAUGCCCUGUGCCGGGCUGUCAAGUACCUGCAGAUGGUGGGCAUGUAUGCCUCCUCCUACAUGAUCCUAGCCAUGACACUAGACCGUCACCGCGCCAUCUGCCGCCCCAUGCUGGCCUACCGCCAUGGGGGUGGGGCUCACUGGAACCGGCCAGUGCUAGUGGCCUGGGCCUUUUCGCUGCUUCUCAGCCUGCCACAGCUAUUCAUCUUUGCCCAGCGCGAUGUGGGGGACGGCAGCGGGGUCUGCGACUGCUGGGCACGCUUCGCAGAGCCCUGGGGCCUCCGUGCCUAUGUUACCUGGAUCACCCUGAUGGUGUUCGUGGCACCAGCCCUGGGCAUUGCUGCCUGCCAAGUUCUCAUCUUCCGAGAGAUCCAUGCCAGCCUGGUGCCCAAGCCGUCCGAGAGGGGGCACCGCAGAGGGCACAGGACGGGCAGCACCAGAGAGGGAGCGCGCGUGUCAGCAGCCAUGGCCAAGACCGUGAGGAUGACACUGGUGAUCGUGAUUGUCUACGUGCUGUGCUGGGCGCCCUUUUUCCUCGUGCAGCUGUGGGCGGCGUGGGACCCAGAGGCACCUCGGGAAAGUGUGUGCGGCCGUCCGAGGGGCUGCUUGGGUGCGGCCACCCACAGUGGGUGCUGUGACCCCAGCCGGGCUCUCCCACCCUGCAGGGCCCCCCUUCGUGCUGCUCAUGCUGCUGGCCAGCCUCAACAGCUGCACCAACCCCUGGAUCUAUGCGUCCUUCAGCAGCAGCGUGUCGUCAGAGCUGCGCACCCUGCUGUGCUGUGCCCGGAGCUGCACCCCACACGGCCUGGGGUCCCAUGACGAGUCCUGCGCCACCGCCAGCUCCUUCCUGGCCAAGGAGGCAUCUUCGUGAGGAGCAGGUGGGCGCCGGACCCCCAGGCUCCCAAGGCUCAGCUGCCUACCUGGGGCUGGCCCCGGGGCCUGUCACUGCCAUACAGCGUGGCUUUACUGUCCCCAAGUGCACAAGGAGGAUGCAGGGCUCCAAAACUGUGGGAGGUCCCUUAAGUCAGCUCCUUUGUGCAGGGUGUGGGGACGGACAGGGUCUCGAGUGGCAGGUGACAAGGGCAAAUGCCCCCAGCUGACAUGGAGGUUUGCAGGGGCCAGGCAGGGAGGACCUCUCUGUCUAUGCCUCUCCAGUCCCCCUUUCUCUACCCCCCAUUAAAGUCGCAGCUCAUUUUCUACACCACAAGGUGUGUCGUGGGAGCAGGGUACCUCACA